AUGACCAGGGGUUCCAGGGCUCCUGAAAACUGUGGUUGCCUUUACCGCCUAGAUUCAGCUGUGUCCCCUCCAGUCCGGGAUGUUGCGAUGAAUUCCCCAGCUCUGGUCCUCCCCAGCUCUGCUUCCUCUACUCCUGGCUCAGAAACGGCCAUAAUCCACAGAACAAAUGGCUUGGGUUUGGAUAUUUCUCCAGUAAUGAAGACCCCUCCCAAGCUGGAGGGUGAUGCUACUGAUGGCUCCUUUGCCAAUAAGCAUGGCCGCCAUGUCAUUGGCCACAUGGAUGACUACAGUGCCCUGAGACAGCAGAUUGUGGAGGGCAAGCUGCUGGCCAAAAAGGUAGUGUCUCUUGUGAGGUCAGCGUGCAGCUUCCCUGGCCUUGAAGCCCAAGGCACAGAGGUGCUAGGCAGCAAAGGCAUUCAUGAGCUUCGGAGCAGCUACCAGCCCUGCCACCAUGCCCUAGAGGAGUCGCUUUCCCUCCUCACCGUGUAUCUGAGAUCGGCCCUGCCAAGCACCAGCAUCCCUUGUGCCUGGCAAAUGUCACAGCUUUUCCAGAAAAUCGGGGAGCCAGAUAGUGAGUUGGGGAUCAGGGACAGACCUAGAGGACAGAAGGAGAGCAUGGAGCAGUUCAUCGUCAGCCAGCGUAGGUUCCCUGAGAGGGAAUGGGGGAAGAAACGGGCAGUCUUCCCGAUGCCCCACUUGUGCUGCAGGGAAGCAGUGACCGGGGGGCUUGGAGAUGUUGGGAGUGGAGACUGA